AUGCCUCUUACAUUAUUGCCAUUAUUUGAACCCACGCCCAAGAAAACGCCACCAACGACGACAACUUCCUCCAACAGUAAAAAUACCCCUCUCCCACGAGCAGCAAUGGCAUCUUCAUUAUCUCUAGAUGGAUGCUACAUCAACAACCAAUACAGAUUUGUCAAGAAAAUUGGUGCUGGCACCUAUGGCUUGAUUUAUCUUGUCGAGGACGUGCACACUCAGACCUUAUUUGCUGCCAAAAUGGUGCUUAAAAAGCCGCCUCCAAAGCAAGCAGGAAGGUCUGUAGAUGUGGACGGGAACAAGAGAUUCAUCCAAACACGUCUCCAUGACUAUUUCCACUCACAACCACAUCAAAACGUCAUUGCCAGCGAAUUAGAUCUCAAUUUCCUCGCACAAAAUUGCGCUGAAUGUACCCUUUUGCGCGAAGUUGCCCUUCAUCUUCGUGUUCAUGAACACCCAAAUAUCAUCAACAUUCACAAAGUUCUCAAUGUGGACAAAGUGGCCAUUGUCAUCAUCAUGGACUACUACUCCCAGGGAGACCUUUUCCACAACAUCAUAGACAAGCAAAUCUUUGUUAGUCCUGGUGAUGAAUCAUCUUCACAUUCAACAUAUCGCGCUUCGGAAUUUGAACGCCAAUUGCUCAUGAAAAAUGUCAUUCUACAAUUAAUUGACGCAAUUAAAUAUUGCGCAUCUAAACUGAUUUUCCAUUGCGACCUCAAACCGGAAAAUAUCAUGAUCAACUACAACCCGCUGUACAGACGUCGCAACCACGCAAGGGCCAACAUAAUCGACUACAAUGAAGUCCAGGUGGUGUUGAUUGAUUUUGGCCUUGCCAUGGACAAUCCCUUGGUGUGCUGCAACGUAUGCCGUGGCUCAAGUUUCUACAUGGCACCAGAACGGAUCACCAACUACACCUCGUCCAACUUGGUUAAGACUCUUGUGGACUUGACCAAGUACCAAUCGGUCGACGUUUGUGAUUUGAAUCAAUGUACCAUGAAUAAAUAUUUCCCAACCCUUGCCGGGGAUAUCUGGUCCUUGGCAGUGCUUUUCAUCAAUAUCACAUGCUCGCGCAACCCAUGGCCAAUGGCUUCCAUUGAGUCUAUCAAUGACAACCAGGCAUUCCAAAAUUACAUUCUUCACAACCCACAAUUGUUAAGAGAGAUUCUCCCGAUUUCUAAGCAAUUCAAUGACCUCUUAAAUAAGGUGUUUGUCAUGGACCCCAGUAGUAGAUUGAGCUUGGAAGAACUCGCGCGAGAAAUGCGGAGAAUUAACUUUUUCCACGACUACUCUUAUGUGGAGGACGAAGACUCGGAAGAAAAUGCUUCGGAAAAAUCAGCAGAACUAUUUUCUCCUAACGUUUGUUCAGAAUCAUCGGAAUGGUUGCAGACACCUCUCACUAGUAUCAACCAUAUUGAGGGUAAAUAG